AUGGGAGAACACAGCCAUGAAAAUUUCGUGGAUACGUCAGCAGUGACGGAAGGAUUCAUACUGCGUGACAAGAGCUUGGAAGAAUCUCCGUACUUGGGUGAACGUGCCAUCUCCAGCGACAACAAUGAUCGUACUGAAGCUGCCGAUGGACUGGACCAGCUACGUGGCUUCUUUGAUUUCGCUCAUCAGGUACGUCGAUGGCGUCGAAUGAGAAAAAAAUGUCACUUAGUCUGAUG